AUGGAGCUGAGCUUGGACAACCUGGGCGGGCUGGCGCAUCCGCAGGCGGCCGGGGAGCUGCUGAGUCCAGCCCACGCGCGGCCCGGCCCACACCGCGGCCUGGUGGGGGGACCGGCCCGGCCGGCUAUGGUAUCUGGCGUGGCCUCGCUGCUGGAGAGCGGCGCUGCUGACUACCGGGCCGAGCUGGCCGCCCCGCUGCACCCAGCCAUGAGCCUGGCCUGCGACUCACCCGGCCCGGCCCUCAGCCUCAGCGGCUCUUACACUACCCUCACGCCGCUCCAGCAUCUGCCACCCAUCUCAGCUGUCUCCGACAAGUUCCACCCGCACCCACCCCCGCACCCACACCACCACCCGCACCCGCACCACCCCGCUGGCCCCCCGCCCCACGGAGCCCACCCCCACCAGCGCCUGCCCGCAAAUGUCAGCGGCAGUUUCACCCUCAUGCGAGACGACCGGGGGCUGGCCUCCGUGGGCAAUCUCUACGGCCAUUAUGCGAAGGACGUGCCGGCUAUGGGGCAGCCGCUGAGCCCGCUAGCCAACGGGCUGGGCCCCCUGCACGGCGGACAGCAGCCGCCGCCGCCGCCGCCCCCGCCGCCUCCGCCCCCGCUGGCGACCUACGGCACCGGGCCGCACCUGGCCGGGGAGAAGAUGUUGUCUGCGGCCGCCUUCGAGCCGCACGCGGCCAUGCUGGCCCGGGCUGAGGAUCCUCUGGGCCGUGGCCUCGGGGCACCUGGAGCGGGUCUGAUGGCGCCUCUCAACGGGCUAGGCGCGCACGGGCACCACGCGGGUCCCGGUGGCAGCGCCAGCGGCGGGGGGGGACUAUUGGCCGAGCGCGAGCGGCAGGCGGCGGCGGCCGCGUCGGGUUCGCAGGCGGGCAGCUCUGGCCAGGUGGAAGAGAUCAACACCAAAGAAGUGGCGCAGAGAAUCACAGCCGAGCUGAAGCGCUACAGCAUCCCCCAGGCCAUUUUCGCUCAGCGUAUCCUAUGCCGCUCGCAGGGCACCCUCUCCGAUCUGCUACGCAACCCCAAGCCCUGGAGUAAGCUCAAGUCCGGCCGCGAGACCUUCCGCAGGAUGUGGAAGUGGCUGCAGGAGCCUGAGUUCCAGAGGAUGUCGGCCCUCAGACUCGCAGCUUGCAAGCGGAAGGAGCAGGAGCAGCAGAAGGAGCGGACGCUGCAGCCCAAGAAGCAGCGCCUGGUCUUCACGGACCUGCAGCGCCGCACGCUGAUCGCCAUCUUCAAGGAGAACAAGCGGCCGUCCAAGGAGAUGCAGGUCACCAUCUCGCAGCAGCUCGGCCUGGAGCUCAACACCGUCAGCAACUUCUUCAUGAACGCGCGGCGCCGCUGCAUGAACCGCUGGCAGGAGGAGCCGGGCGGCCCCGCCUCCGCCUCCGCCUCCGCCGCCGCUGCCGCCGCCGCGGCCGGCACCUUCUCCAAAGCAUGA